AAUCAAGUCAACGAUAUCGCUGUAGAUGAAGUAAAAAGCACAAAAGGAAAAUAAAUACGUCUCAAUUGGGAAAUACUUAAACAUGAAAUAAGCAAGUGUGCUAGGAAUUUUUGCAGCCUUCUAUGCUAAAUGUAAAAGCAUUGAAGAGGAGACUCAUUUCCAAAAUAAUGACUCCCUCAGGUAAAAUGCAGGUCGGUUUGUCAGAAGCUGAAUUGGCAGAAUUUAUUGAUCUGCAAACUCGGUUAGAUUUAGUGUAUAUGAAUAAGGCAGAGGACACUUUCAUUAGCUCUAGAAAAAGGUGGUCACACAAACACACAGGUGUAGUCACCCCAUGAGACAUUGUGAUGGAUGUCAUCCCCAGUGGAGCUAUUGCACUUUUGAAAAACUCAGGUGAUUCUUAACUCUCUUCUACAUCCUGGAUACAUCCUUGUGAGACAGCAAUAGUUAAGAUCUGUUUUUUAUCUAUAGAUAUACUAUAGUCCCUCUCGAAUAGAAAGAUUAGACAACAUUUUCAGAAAGAUAUUAUUACUGUACCUUAAUGUCCUAUUGGAGUAAAUGUUUUAAUGAUAUUCCUUGGAAAAAAGUGUUCUCUAUCCAACAAAUAUCUAAUCACUAAUAAGGUUAAAGAGGUAUCAUUCGCUACAUCAAUUUUACCCAGUCAAUCUUUUUAUCCCGAGUUGGAUCCCCUAUAGCUCCUUCUGUGGAGUGGAAGAGGAGUCCAUAACUCUUUUUUGGAUUGUGUUUAUUUGUACGUGCUUCUUAAUAAAUACAUUUUUCUUUAGGGUUUAAAGAUGUCUUAUUUGGUUUUUAUAACUCUGACAAAAAUCUAAAAAACAAGUAUUUUCUUUUCAAAGCUUUAAAGUCAGUUACAAUGUGCACAAAGUAUAAUAUUUAUGCUUUUUUAUAAUGAAAACAAAAGGGACUCGAGGCAUUUUUAUCUCUCUUGAAUUUAUAUUAAAUUAUGUUACCCCUGGCUCAAUUAUUAUUAUUUUUUAAUGUUUUUUUCAUUACUUUUUAUUCUUUUGUUUUACUUUUGUCUAUUUUACUUGAUUUUUACUGUACUUGCUCUUUGUCUACUUUUAAUAAUUAUAUUGUUGUUUUUGUUUUGUUUGAAACUGUAUUUGCUGUUAUGUUUGUUCAAUAAUAACAAUAACAAUAAAGUGCAGUGUGGCCGCCACUUUAUGUUUAAUUUGCCAGUUUACUCAAGGAUAAACAGCGCCAUCUGCUGAGAGGUAGUGAGCCACCCUCCUUUCCAGUCAUCGCCCCCACAACAACCAAAAAAACAGAGCGUUUUGUAGGCGUGUUCCACCAUCUAUGACUUCAAAGUGCCACUAAUCGCUCACGCGGUAGUUUGAAUUCACACGGAAGCGCUGCACACUUUUACUUUCGUUUUUUAAGAUUUGUCUUGCUUUUCGUUUAAUUGAGCUUAUUUUAUGUCAUAAAUGAUGAAAAUGAAUGUUUUGAGUAUGUUAUUUCUUUCGGUCGUGCUUACUGGUGUUCACAGUGUUGGUGCAGAUGUUGUGUCAGAGUCAGUGAAUGUGACGGUGGGAGAUUCAGUCACUCUACACACUCGUGUUAAAGCAGACCGAGACGUAGAUAUACAAUGGUAUUUUAAUGAAACUCUAAUCGCACAAAUCACUGGAGAUCUCAGGAAGAUCUGUACAGAUGUUCAGUGUAAUGAAGGUACUGAGAGAUUCAGAGACAGACUGAAGCUGGAUCAUCAGACUGGAUCUCUGACCAUCACAAACAUCAGAACCACAGACUCUGGACGUUAUCAUCUAGAUAUCAUCAGAACUGGCAGUGACUCUGAAAAGACCUUCAUUGUUACUGUUCAUUUUGGUUCUGCUUCUGAUCAAGAUCAAAUGAAGAGAACGUCAGAGAAGGAGGAAGAAUCUGUUCCUGAUUCAGGUCUGUCUUCAGCUGCUAGAGCAGGGAUUGGUGUUGGUGUUGGUGUUGUUCUGCUGAUUGUGGCUGCUGCUGUUGGUGUGAUUUACUAUCUCAAGUGUCCUCAAGCAAGACAAUGUAGAACCAGGACUCAGCGCCGUGAUGAGGAGAACAGUGCAGACAUCAUUUAAUCGUGCUGACAGUGGAUCGGAGCCUGAGUUCAUGAGCCGUCCUGUAAUAGAGACAUGAAUACCAGUGCGACACCAGGUUGAUGUUAAGAUGACAAGUUCAGAGGUUAAAGUUUGUGACUCUGUCACACAGGACACAUGUCACUGCUCAAUAUAUUAUAAUGAUUUUAUCUAUAUUUGUGUAUAUUUAUGUAUAUUUGUUUUAAUAUGUUGUCUUCAGCCAUUUUAUUAUUCUUAACCAGUUUAAUUUGUGUAUGUCUUUAAAUGAGUCCGGGUCAUGUGACUGUUCACAUGACAGAAAAUAGGAAAUGGAGAGCAUGAAGAGGAAGCAUGUCAAACAAGCAUUGGACAUUGCUCUCCUUACGACUAAGUGGUGAUCACCUCCAAACUGGAAUAAUGGAGUUAUCUUUGUGGACUUACCUUUCCAGCACUUUUGAUUAACACCACAGUGGUCUUUUGUGUUUACCCCGGUGGACACUUUUGGGACAAUCAGAUUUCUUAAGGACUGUUUUAAUAGAAUGGAACUGAAAGACGCUUUAAACAUCUGAGUUAUUCUAGAUUUAUUGUUGUGUUUUAAAUCUCUUUAAAAAUAAUAUUGAUUUUAAAAAUGUAUUUUAUUUCCAUUAAUACAAGUGGUUUUUACUGUACUAACCCUGGU